GAGGAGGACCAAGACGAGGACGUAUUACUGUAUUAUUGUUUUUGUCAUUUAUUAUAAUGGCAAUGAAAGGGUCAGAGCUGAUUGACACUGACUCGCCAUAUACUCUUCUCCAUACGAUUCCAACUGCAAACCUCCAGCAACUUCUCGACACUUCUCUCUCUCUAUGUUUUAUAUGUUUCUGCGUCAACAAGAACAAGAACAAGUGUUCAAGUCUUGGGUCUUGGGUCUUUGCCUCGGCUUUGAUUUGAUUUUUUUUUUCAUGUUUUCGGGUCUAAAACGUAGAGGUUGGAUAUACAAUUUUCGCAGUCUCGAGUCUUUCUUGCAUUUGCUUUGCAGGUUCAGUUGAUUCUUAUUCUCUCUCUCUCUCUCUCUCUGCUUGUUUUCUGGUAUUUCUGUUUAUAUAUAUGCUCUUUAUAGUUUCUUUUCCUUCUGUAUAGUUUCUUAUUUUUUUCUGGGAUCUCUCUCUCUCUGUCUCUCACUUCCCACUAUUUUUCUUUGUAGACUUAUCUUAUUCGUUAAUUUCUUCUUCCUCUUCUUGGUCUUUGCUUUUUAUUUGUUUCUGUCGUAGACCCACAAACACACGCAAAAAAGGAUACCCCUUUUCUUUUUGUUCGACAUCAAAACUUUUAUCAAUAGGUUGAGUUCUUGCCCAUAAAGAGAUGGAAAAUGUUGAGAGUAGAAGCUUUUCAGGGCUCAUGUCAGAGCUAAUAGCUUUGGCCGACGAGGUUGUCUCACUGGCAAAAGACUCCGACACCGAAAGAGAGAUUUUCACUCAAUUUGCAGUGCAUGUUGAGAAAUUUUCUCCAAUUUUCAAUGAACUAAGGGAGAAAGACAAGUUCAUGGACAGUCCAGCGAUUCGAAAAGCAGUGGAAUCCUUUGAGAGAGAGCUUAAACGAUGUAAAGCUUUGAUAGAAAGUCCCUAUUCGAGCACAUCCGUUUCUCAUGUUGAGGAAACUUCUCAUGAACUUGGGCGGUCGCUCGGCCUUUUGCUCUUCGCUAGUCUUGACGUGUCUACUUCUUUUAAAGAAAUCUCUGGAGAUUUGCAUAAAGCGUUGAUGAAUGUGAAGUUUAGUUCGAAUUCGAGUCCAACUUCAAGCCGGGGAUCAGAAUUUGCUAGUGAGUUGAAAGGGGUGGGGGAAAUAAUAGAGAAGAGAAUUAGUCUUGAUGUUGAUGAUGUUGUGUUGCAACUUAAGUAUGGUAAUGAUGAAGAAUUUAAAUUUGCACUUUGGGGAUUGAAUGAGUUGAUUGGAAGCCAAAAGGUUAGUAAUGAAUUGAUUAAUGAAGAAGGGAUCAUUCCAAUUCUGUUUAAUCGUUUAGGUUCAAGCAAGCCUUACAAUAGGUUGGCUACAAUUCAAGUACUAAGAAGAAUGGCUUGGAAGAAUGCUGACAACAAGGAGAAGAUGGCGGAUGUUGGGUAUUUGUCAAUUCUGGUGAAGUCUUUGACAAGGGAUGUGGAAGAGAGGGGGGAAGCUGUGGGGCUGUUGCUAGAUCUCUCAGAUCUCAUAGCAGUUAGGCGGCGGAUGGGCAGAAUUCAAGGGUGUAUUGUUCUGUUGGUUGCAAUGCUAAAUGGGGAUGACCCUGUUGCUUCUCGAAAUGCAGGGAAGUUGUUAAGUACUCUUUCAAGCAAUACUCAGAAUGCACUUCAUAUGGCAGAGGCUGGUUACUUCAAGCCACUAGUGCAGUACCUAAAGGAAGGUUCUGACAUGAGUAAGAUUCUCAUGGCAACAGCACUAUCAAGGAUGGAGCUCACAGAUCAGUUUAGAGCUUCCCUUGGAGAAGAUGGGGCAGUUGAACCCCUUGUGACGAUGUUUAAUGCAGGGAAACUGGAAUCUAAAUUAUCAGCUUUAAGUGCAUUGCAAAAUUUGUCCAUCGUGACAGAAAACAUUCAACGGUUGAUUAGUUCAGGCAUAGUGGUGCCUCUGCUUCAGCUCCUUUUUUCUGUGACUUCUGUGCUCAUGACUCUGCGGGAACCAGCAUCGGCUAUUCUUGCAAGGAUUGCUCAGUCAGAAUCUAUUCUUUUUAACCAAGAUGUAGCUCUGCAGAUGCUCUCACUUUUAAAUCUUUGCAGUCCGGUAAUUCAGUGUCAUCUCUUACAAGCACUCAACAACAUUGCUGCCCAUUCAAGUGCUGCCAAAGUUAGAAGAAAAAUGAAGGAAAAUGGUGCAAUUCAGCUUCUCCUGCCCUUUAUCAAGGAAAAUAACUCAAAAAUCAGGAGUAGUGCCUUAAAUUUGAUUUACACUCUCUCUAAAGAUUUACCAGAAGAGUUAACUGAACAGCUAGGAGAAACCAAUAUUAGUUGCAUUGUCAAUAUUGCCUCAUCAUCAACAUCUGAGGACGAAAAAGCUGCAGCACUUGGCUUCCUUAGCAAUCUCCCCAUUAGUGAUAAGAAAGCAACAGAUAUACUUAAGAGGGAAAAUUUGCUGCCAAUUUUGAUCUCCAUUAUCAGUUCAAGCGUUGCAACUUCAACACCCACAACAUGCUGGUUAGUGGAAAGUGUUGCAGGUGUAUUGAUUAGAUUCACAAAUCCUUCUGAUAAGAAAUUACAGCUUCUCUCAGCAGAACAUGGGGUGAUUCCUUUGCUUUUGAAAUUGCUCUCGAGUGAGUCACCGGUUGCGAAGUACAGAGCGGCAACCUCAUUAGCUCAGUUGUCACAGAAUACACUGUCACUUAGAAAGUCUAGAAAGUCUAGAAAUUCGAUGUGGUCGUGUGUUCCUCAUUCUGGAGAUGCAUAUUGUGAAGUUCAUGAUGGCUACUGCUAUGUUAACAGCACAUUUUGUUUGGUCAAGGCGGGUGCUAUUUCUCCACUGGUCAAAAUAUUGGAAGGUAAAGAUAGGCAAGCAGAUGAAGCUGUUCUCAGUGCCCUUGCAAAUCUCUUGCAAGAUGAAAUUUGGGAGAAUGGAACCAACUGCAUUGCCAAAACGGCAGGCAUUCAAGCCAUAAUAAAAGUUCUAGAAUCAGGGAGUGUAAAGGCUCAGGAGAAAGCAGUAUGGAUAUUAGAGAGGAUUUUAAAGGUUGAUGAAUAUAGAGUUAAGUAUGGGGAAUCUGCUCAGAUAGUGCUUAUUGAUGUAGCCCAGAAUGGUGAUCCCAGAUUAAAACCAACAGUUGCAAAGUUAUUGGCGCAGCUUGAGCUCCUGCAGAUUCAGUCUAGUUACUUCUGAACAACAAUCCAUAGCUUGUAAGCUAGGUAAUGCUUGUGAUUUUUGUUUCAUAUAAAUUUCUUUUAAUUGCUCCUCAAUACAUAACAUUCAAUUCUUCACUGUACAUAUGAUGAAAAUAUGAGUAUUAUUGCAUGACUUGGCUUGUUAUUGGAAUAUUUCUUGACUA